AUGUCGCGCGCGAGGACGGGACGACGAUGGCGGAUGAUGAUUCCGUGGGCGGUCGUCGCGGUGGCGUCGGCGACGGCGGCGCGAGGACAGUUCGAGCGCGCGGUGGAUUACGACUAUCGCGUGUGCUCGGAACAGAGUGGCGAGUACGACGUGGAUUUGGUGGGUGGGGGGACGGUGAAGCGGGCGACGUGCGUGAGCGUCGACGCGGGCGAGCUCGGUUUUUGUAACGGCAUCGCGUACGACGCGUGCGUGCGCACGGACCCGCCGUUAACGCAGGAUAAGCGGGUGACGUCGCAGUUUGAUCGCAUGACUAAAAUGCAAACGGCGAUCGCGCCGGAGCUCGCGGCGGAUCCGAUUUGUUUGGAGGUGAUGGCGCAGUACAUGUGCGCGUUGGCGUUUCCCAGGUGCGACCCGGAUCCGGUGAACACGAGUAAGUAUUACGAGUUGCCGGCGUGCUGGGAGUACUGCAUGAAUGCCGUUUUCGCGUGCAUGGGGGAGAUGGACACGGCGCGGGACGUGUGCAACAGGUCGGUGUACGCGGGCGUCGUCGCGAGUCAGGAUCGACCAGACGUGAAGUGCGUGAGCGCUGGAUCCGCCGUCGUCACCUUCGUCGCGACCGCGGUGACGAUGGCGAUUUCGAUAGCCUUAGCGUAG